UGUGUCAGCUGUCAACAGGCAAGUCCUUGAUGAUCAUGGACAUUCCAGAAAGUAGGGGAGCAGAGGUGUCCCAGAAAACAAACCCAGAGUUUAUGCCCAUCAAUGGGAACCCAGAGGAAGACAUCAAACUCAGAAUCAUUGCUGACAAUGAUCCUGGGAAAAACUAUUUUGCCAUCAAUGGGAAAAGAUUGCAAUUACUACAGCCCUUGGAUAGGGAUUCUACUGGAAUGACUUCAGCUGUGUUUCAGAUUUCCUGCAAAAUUUUGUCCAGUGGACAACAAAUCACCAUUCCAACUUUGAUUCGAAUAUCUGAUAUCAAUGACAAUGCUCCACAAUUCUUGGGGACGCCUUAUGAAGCAGAUGUUCCUGAGUGUUUAUUCCAGAUUUCCUGCAAAAUUUUGUCCAGUGGACAACAAAUCACCAUUCCAACUUUGAUUCGAAUAUCAGAUAUCAAUGACAAUGCUCCACAAUUCCUGGGGACGCCUUAUGAAGCAGAUGUUCCUGAGCUGAGUCCUGUUGGUACAACUGUGUAUAGAGGUGUCAGAGCUACAGACCCUGAUGACAGUGUGAAUGGCCAAGUGGACUUUUUUGUGGUGCCAAUCUCUGACUCACCAUUGGAUGGCUCUGAACACUUCACUGUGCUUCCUAGUCUUGGGCAUGUUGUUGUCAACCACAGUCUGGACUUUGAGAGACAGCAAACCUACUUGCUUCAGAUCAUUGGCAGGGAUCGGGCUGAGGAUGUCGGGCAGCGGUUCACGUCAACGACGACGAUGACGAUUCAUGUGAAAGACAGUGACGAUAUGGACCCCACUUUCCGGUAUCCGGAUUGUACCGAGGUCGACGGCCGCUGUGUCAGUCCUGAAUAUCGUGCAGAGGUGACAAGUGGGGUUCUCACCGGUGUAGUGGACACUCAUCCAGCAAGAAUCCACGCUGAAGACAUGGAUUCACUCAAUUCCAAGAUCACAUAUUCUUUUCUUCACGGAUUCCCCACGUCUUACUCGGAUUACUUCCGGAUUGACCCUCGCACCGGUCAGUUGGAGCAGGUCAAGCCUGUCGACAGGUCAACAGCUCGUCAAUUCGACAUAAUACUCAAGGCGGAAGAAGACACGGAGUCGCGUCGGUAUGCGACAGCCAAAUUGGUGGUUGACGUGUUGGCUGUCGACGCGAAUCCGCCGGAAAUACAAGUGUCGUCCAUUGUGGGCUAUGCCAAGGAGAAUUCCCCCGUCGGCACUGUCGUCAUGUCGACCCAGAAUCUGCGGAAUCCGAUCACACUCCAGGUGUUCGACCGAGACAUGACUGCAGGGGACCCGAUACUGAAUUACAAAUUCGAAUUGACCACGACAGCCUUUGCUGUCAACACUGAAGGGGUUCUGGUGGUCAAUGAACCGAACCUGGAUCGGGAAGGACCCAACAAUGGACGCUAUAGUUUUCAGUUGUUUGCAAGAGAAAUUGGAGGAGAAGCAGCAAGCAGUCCAGUCUCAAUGGUUGUGCAUCUUUUGGAUGUCAAUGAUAAUGAGCCAGUGUUGCCAACGUACCCACAAAUCACUGUUCAAGCAGGAGACGGACGCCGGAACAUCCUCAGGAUCCAAGCAAAGGACGAAGACGAAGGCGGGAAUGCAGAGGUCAAAUAUUCCAUUUACCACGUCUCCAACAAUGGGAAAAACAAGUUCGAGAUCAAUGAAACAACUGGAGAUUUUCAAGUCGUCCGCCGAGUCAAUUCUGGAGAACAAUACAGUGUCACAGUGCAGGCAACUGAUCAAGGAGGGAAAUUCAGUCACACAAUUGUGGAAGUUGUAAUAACACCUGGACCAAACAAGGCUGGGCCAGUUUUCCGCACUGAGCUGUAUGAUGUGAAAGUUAGUGAAGGAGCUGCACCUGGAACAUCUGUCUUGAGCCUGAAUGCAAAUGAUCCUGAAAAUGAGAGAGUGACGUAUAACAUUGUCAAGGGCAAUGAAAGGCAGCAUUUUGUCAUAAGAGGAGACUCUGGGAACAUUUUGGUCAACAGCAUGCUGGACAGAGAGUCACUUUCUAGAUACUCUUUGGUGGUCAGAGCUGAAGACCCUCAAGGUCUUUCCAGCUCCGCAACUGUCAACAUCAAGGUGAUGGACAUCAAUGACAAGAAUCCAAUUUUCACUCACCUUCCUUAUGAAUUUGAGAUUUCUGAAGGAAAAGCUGAUGCCUAUGUUGGCACAGUAAAGGCAGUGGACGAUGACUUGAACGAGAAUGCCUUAGUUGUCUACUCCGUGCCAGAAGAUUCUCCAUUUGGCAUUGAUGUGAAUUCUGGAGACCUUUUCACCAAACGAGCCUUGGAUUACGAAACUGAUAAGGUACACUAUGUGGUGGUGACAGCAAAAGAUUCUGCGACAGACCCAAGGAUUUCCACUGCCACUGCGACUGUUCGUGUUCGAGACAUGCCAGAUGAACCUCCAGUUUUCAAAAAAACUCUUUAUGAAGCAAAUGUGCAAGAGAACAGGGCGAAUAUUGAUGUCAUUCGUGUCGAGGCUUUUGAUCCAGAUGAGGAGUCCAGCAUAACCUACACAAUUUUGGAAGGUUCUGAAAGGUUCAUCAUAGACCCAAGGACUGGGUUGAUUCGCACUCACCAAGAACUGGACUUUGAGAGGGCUGAAAUGCAUAGAAUCAUUGUGGGAACCAAAGAGAAUCUGAGUGACAGUCCUGAUGCUUCAGCUACUGUUUUGGUCAGGGUUCAAGAUUUGAAUGAUAUCCCACCAUCAUUCACAUUGCUGCCAUUGCCAGUGAAACUCAGAGACAUUGACAGGAUUGGCACUGUGAUUGCCAACAUUCAAGCCACUGAUGCGGAUGGAACAUCAGCUAACAAUCAUGUUAGUUAUGAAGUUGUUGGGACAUCAAAAGCCAGCAAUUACUUCAUGGUCUCCAGGAACACUGGUGAGAUCACUCUGAAGGAUGAUUUGAGGAAAGAAAGAGACACAGAGUACAAGGUAUUGGUGAGAGCAUAUGACAAUGGAGACCCACAGUUGGCCACCACAGCAACAGUGACAAUAUUUGUUGAGCACCUUGUCACAAUUCCUCCUGAUGCUGGUGUUGGAUUCACUGAGACUGAACACACAGUGGACUUGGUGGAGAAUGCUGACAAGGCACACAUUGUGAAGCGGUUGUCAGUCACCAACAAGCCUCCAGAUGGCGUUCCUUUUGCCUGCACAAUCCUGAAUGGCAAUGAAAAAGACCACUUUUACGUGGUGACCACGGAUGACCUGGACUGUGAAAUCCGAGUGAAAGCAGCCGAAAUCGACUAUGAAUGGAUCCAAAAGUACGAACUGAUCAUCGGGAUUGACACCCUCAGUGGAUACAUCAACGAACAGCGACACCAGGCCCGUGUCGUCAUCCGUGUGGUUGACGACAAUGAUAACGUCCCCGAGUUUGUGUCGCCAAGGGCAGAUGUCACUGGCAGCCGGUUCUUUUUUGCCGUUUCCGAAGACGCUCAAAUUGGCACUUCCAUCGCUCAAAUUCAGGCCAGAGACAAGGACAGUGGAGUAAAUGGACAUCUGCACUAUGAGCUUCUUACUGAGUCAAACCAGGGUGUUUACUUGGGUAUUUCUGAGUCAACUGGGAUCAUCAGGAACAAGAAAACCCUGCUUCAAGUGCCUGCCCAUGAACUGCCUUUCAAGCUCAAGGUGGUUGUCAAGGAUACACCAUUGAAUCCAAAUGACUCCAAGAAUGCUUCAGCUCCAGUGAUUGUGAACAUAGUGACUGAAACCAACAGGAUGGUGUUGGUAGUGCAGUCUGCUGUUCCAGAAGAAAUAAAAGCCCAAGAGAACACUCUCAUCAGGAUCAUAGAAGAACAUAGUGGAUUCAUUGUGGGUGUGGAGAAAAUAGAACCAAGGCACUAUGUCAGUCUCAACAACACAAUGGAGAUGGACCAAACUGGAACUGAUGUCACAUUCUAUGCCAUUCAUCCACGCUCAGGGAAAAUACUUCAACAAAAUGAUACCAGACUUCUGAACAAACUGACUGGUCCUGAUUCCCAGUCAAGUCUACUGUACUUCAUCAAUGGUAACUUGAGAGUGAGGGCCACAGAAGUAAGACAGCCUCUGAAGUUGGAAGAGUACAGAUCUGUGAAGGUGACCAAGACCUUUCAAGACAUUGACAACUUUCAGGCUGCCUUAAUUGCACUUGCCUGCUUCAUCUUCAUUCUCUCUGUGCUUGCCAUAGUCUACAUUUGCUGCUUGUGGAAAAGGUACUUGACAAACAAGGAAGAGGUCAGAAGCUCUUUUAUUGUCCCAACACCUUUUGAACCUGUUCACCAUGACAUCCAGCAGCUGAAGCAGUAUGAAGUACAGACACUCAACAUGAACUGCAUGGAUAUGGAUGAUACUGAGCCAUCACCUCCAGAGCCAGCAAGGAUGGAUAUUUUCACCAUCAGCUCAAAUCUGAAUCUCCAUGAAGUGGAUUAUAUCACCAAGGAUCAAAAAAGGUUGAAAGGGAACCCUUACCUUGUGGGUGAAGACACAGUGUCCAGUGACGCCACGGGUUCUGCUUCUGGCUGCAAUGGAAGUGACGUGUCUUUCUCUGGUGGUUCCCAGUCCUCAGUGUGUGACAAAAAACACAGGCACAACUCAAAUCAAAGGGAUGUCAUUGAGAGAAAUGUGCAUGAAGAAUUGUGCUUGGAGCGCAAUGGUCAUUUGGCCUACAGAGAAACAGCCAUUUGUAAUGAGACCUCGGGGCAGAAUUACUACAGCAGUGGAGGUGGCAUGCGAAAUCCUGCUUAUGAUGGGUCCUCAGAUGAGGAACCACCAAUGAGCCAGAGCACAACCAAUGAGAACGUCAUGUUCCGGGGCCGGCGGGACCAAACAGAGCACCAGGGUGGUACCAAAUUCCGAGUCGCGGGCACCACUGCUCAUCCGGGGUACCCGUUUGUCAAUGAGCGAUCACCCAUUGACUCCACCACGGAACUAUAGCACUAUAUGACAACGAAAGCAUAAAUCAAGAAGAAGAAAAAAAACAUGUGCUCAUCAUCAUGGUCCAGGCCUGGUUUUGGUCAGUGAAACAAAAUGUGGCCCAUACCAACAGUAACAUAAUCCAUCUUUUACAUGGCCUCAAAAUGUAAAAAUAAUCAUAAACAGGCAGGGAAACUUGAGAUAUUUUUGCUGCAGCAUUACUUUUCAAUAUAUAUAUUUUUAAAGCAAUGAGUCAAUCAUUCAAAGUAAUCAAAAUAUAUUUGGCUCAGAAAAUGUUCCUUUUUGGUGAAGGUAAAAGUGCUCAAAAAUUUGAAAUUAUCCAAAAAACAGCUUGAACUUUGGAUGAUCAGAUUAAAUAAAAAAAUAUACCCCAUCAGCAUACUAAAAUGUUUUGACAAAACCCUAUGUGUCAUUUGUUCUAUUGCAUAAUCCUUCCAAGAAUGCUUAACUGAUGUCUGUAAAUGUCUGCAACUUCAAUUUCUUUAUCCUGUAUUCAGACAGGAUUUGAUGCUCUUCCUUUUUUUGAUAAAUGGCUGACUUAUGUUUACAUUCCCUUAUAUUUUCUUCUUCUGCAAAGGUCAUUCCAUAAAUUGUGUAAUGCCUAUAAAAGCUUCUUUGCAAUGUAAUUUUUUUAAUGUCUGGCAUCCAAUAAAAAUUCAACUUCUGAGAAGACUAUAUUUUUGACUCAAAUUAUAAUUAGCAGUAUUCAGAAACCGCAGAUGUAUAAAAAGAGGUUAUGUUGGAUGGGUUACACUGUUACACUACUGCUGAAGGGUCUUUCCAAAGUUGGUGAUGAUUGGAUUAUGAGAGUGAAGAGAACUUUGUGGCUAAGAUUUUCCUACUUUUUUUUCUAUUCUUCUAUAAAUCUGCACAAAAAAGCAGAUGAAAAAGCCAUUCCUCAAACUUUGAGACUUUGUCUUCCCCAAAAGUUUUUUGCUCAUAUUGUGAAUGAAAACAUGCAGCAGGGAGCAACAUGCACAGUUGGCAUCACUGUGAGGUGCCAUGUUUAUCCUCUUUUUUCCAAUUCGAAAUCUGAUUUCAUCCUUCAGUUUCUGUUGGACCAACGAAUCUAUUCGUGUGUCAGAUUUGUCGUGAAUGUUGUUUUUGAGCAUUGGUGCUAUAUUUUAUUAAUUUUUCCGUCGUGAUUCAAGAAAGUUUGGGUUUUUUUCUGCCGUGAUUUGGCAAACUUGCGAUGUUGUUCCGUCCAUGAGAGAAAAUGCUUGUGUCAUUCCGCGGUUUGAGGAACUGCGAUGCGUUGUGAGGGUAAUGAACUGCCGUCCGAGGAAUUUAGAACA